AUGGCCACAGCGCUACCCGCAUUUCCCGAGUUUGAUGUCUCUGAAACGAGCACACAAGCUACACGAUGGAAGAAAUGGCUCUCGAGAUUCCGCAACCUACUGGUCGCAAUGAACGUGACGAAUAAGCGAAGUCAAAGAGCUCUUGUACUCCACUAUGCCGGCACAGCGACGAACGAGAUUUUUGACACGCUCCCCAACACGACAGUGGGAGAAGAUGAUGAUCCGCUUGAAAAAGCCGUGCAAGCCUUGACGAUUUAUUUCACUCCCAAACAAAACCGUGAGUACGAAAUUUACGUUUUUCGUCAAGCCAAGCAAGAAAGGAAUGAAACCAUCUCAGCAUUUCACACCAGGCUGAGACAGUUGGCCGCUACUUGUGAAUUUGAUGAUGUAGAUCGUGAGAUCAAAACCCAAAUAGUUCAAAGCUGCAGUUCUCACAAGCUGCGUACGAAAGCACUCGAGAAUCCAGCGUACACCCUGACACAACUGCUGGAUGCUGGAAGGGCCAUGGAACUUUCCAAAACACAAGCCGCUAACAUUGAGGAGAAUCAAUCGGUCAACAAUUUGUCUUCACAUCAUGGGAAUCUAAGACGAAGGGAUCGGAAAUCAAACAAAGAUGGCGGAUGUCAAACUGAGAAGAAACCACGUGACCGGAAAUCACGCAACAGUGGUCAUGAAUACCGGAAAUCAGGCCCAAAAUGCCGCAAUUGUGGUGGUAAUUACCCCCAUCGUGGAGGAAAAACAUCCUGCCCUGCCUAUCAGGCCACCUGCCGAAGCUGUGGAACCACUUUGAGGCCGUAUGCCAAUCCAAGGACAAAGGUGAAUUAA